UCUUUGUUGUGAAGUAAAUUGAAGCCUACAGCAUGGAGGGUGAAGAGCAAAGAGCGACUUUUGGUGCACCAGACUACGCUGUGUUUUCUGUGAUGCUUGUGGUGUCAUCGCUCAUUGGCAUCUACUACCGGUUUACGGGUGACCGGCAGCGGACAGCACGCGAAUACCUAGUGGCAAACAAGAACAUGUCAGUGGUGCCUGUGGCAUUCUCACUCAUGGCGAGCUUCAUGUCUGCAGUUACGUUGCUGGGCGUUCCUUCCGAGAAUUACUACUAUGGCACUCAGUUUGUUAUUAUCAACAUUGCAUAUAUCUUUGGCACACCCAUUGCUGCCUAUGUUUUCCUGCCCGUGUUCUACAAGCUCCAGGUCAUCAGUGUUUACGAGUACUUGGAAAGAAGAUUUGGGAAGGCAACCCGUCUGGCUAUGUCUGCUACAUUUGUAAUACAAAUGGUGCUGUACAUGGCAGUCGUGUUGUACGCACCAGCUGUGGCCCUGAGUGCUGUCACUGGCAUAUCAAAGUGGCUUUCUAUUAUCUCUGUUGGUCUGGUCUGCACAUUUUAUUGCACUAUUGGUGGCAUGAAGGCUGUUCUGUGGACUGACCUGUUCCAGUCAAUACUCAUGUUUGUGUCCAUGUUUGCUGUUGUUGGUGUGGGCACCUAUAGGAUGGGUGGUGUCUCCAAUGUCUGGAAUGAAGCGCUCGCUGGAGGGAGGAUAGAGUUUUUCAACUUUGACCCAGACCCAACUGUACGCCACACCGUGUGGACCCUGGCCAUUGGAGGCAUCUUUGUCUAUGUAUCCCUCUAUGGUGUCAAUCAGGCCCAGGUUCAGAGGCUCAUGACUGUCAGCACACUCAAGAAAGCACAGCUGGCUCUCUUCCUCAACUGGCCCAUUGUUUCGGCACUGAGCUUGAUCACAAGCUCUGCUGGUAUUGUGAUGUACGCAAACUUCAGGCACUGUGACCCCUUGUUGUCAGGCAAGAUAACCAAGACGGAUCAGGUGCUGCCCUAUUUUGUGAUGCUCUACCUGGGAGGAGUUCCAGGCCUGCCUGGGCUCUUUGUGGCUGGUAUUUUCAGCGGAGCUCUCAGCACAGUUUCGUCAGCUGUAAACUCCCUCGCGGCUGUCUUGCUGGAGGACUUUGUGCGGCCCUUUUGUAUUUCCCAAAAGACCUACGACAAGCACGCAUCUCUAAUUCUCAAAGUUCUUGCUUUCUUCUUUGGUGUCCUGUGUGUACUGCUGACUGGUUUGGUGGAGCAGCUAGGUGGCGUUCUGCAGGCGUCCUUCAUGAUCUUUGGAGUGGUGGGUGGCCCACUGCUCGGGGUCUUCACGUUAGGCUUUCUUUGUCGCAGAGCCAAUCAGGAGGCAGCACUGUCUGGUCUUGUUGCAGGCCUCCUGAUGGGGUUCUGGAUCGGAAUCGGUGCCACUGUGUAUGGUGUGAAACCAGAAAAUCUUCCUCUCCUUGAUGAUAAGUGCCCAACAUCGUUAGGUGCCACAAGUGCCUUGACAACCGCUGUAUCCUAUGUUUCGGAAAAUGCAACCACCGCUGCGGUCACCAUCCUUGCUGAAAACACAGUAUCUGACAACGGAACGUCUGUCAAUGUCAUUGCUGGUGAGAGGUACAUAUUGCCUCUGUACCGUCUGUCGUACCAGUGGUACUGCGGCUUUGGCUGGCUGGUGGUCAUCGUGGUCGGCAGCAUAGUCACAUUGCUUACGGGUGGUGCCAAGGACGUUGACCCUUACUGCCUGAGCCCAUUGGUUACCAAGAGUCUCAGCAGGCGUCAGCGGUCCUGGUCACUGGACAGAAUGCGAAAUUCAUCAGUCUCAAGUUCUCAGGCAUGCAGGCUUUCUUGAGACCCGCGCCAU